AUGGGUGCGGGGAAUUCACAGGGGCAGGCGAAGCGGGAGAUGGCGGUGACGCUGAGCGGCGGCGCCGCCGCACCCGACGAGCGCACGCUGCAGUGCGAGGGGUGGACGAUGGAGCGGCCCAUCCGGUCGUGGUCGGCGGCGGCGAUGACGUACGCGGGGGACGUUGUGGUGGCGCCGCCGGGGCCGGGGCAGGUGCGGGUGAAGAUGUACGCCGCGGGGGUAAACCCCAUCGACGUGAAGCGGCCCACCUUCGGCCGCAGCGGCAGCCUCUUCGGCCGGCACGGCGGCACCAACGGUGAUGAGAGUGUUGCGACGUCCACGCGACACGCGCCCCUCGCGUUCCCUUUCCCCUACGUGAUGGGCACAGAGGGGGCUGGCGUGGUAGAGAGCGUUGGGUGGGACGACGACGACCCGCGGCAGCGCGAGCGGUACGGGCUGCGGGUGGGCGACCGCGUCGCCUUUCUCGCGGACCUCGCAAUGGCACGUGGCGGGACAUUCUGCCAGUACGCCGUGGUGGAGGCCGACGCCGUUGGAAGGAUCCCGGCCCCCGCCGGCGAGGAUGCGAUUGGCUUUGUGGAGGCCGCCGCGAUUCCCUGUGCCGUGGGGACGGCGUACGUCGCGCUGUUUGACAAGCUGUGCGUCACGCCUGGGCGCAGCAUAUUUAUUAGCGGUGCCUCGGGCGGCGUCGGCACCGCGGCGGUGCAGCUCGCCAAGUACGCCGGGCUCUGCGUGCUGGCCUCCUGCUCCACCGUCAACGUCGCCUACGUGAGGUCGCUGGGCGCCGACCACGUCUUUGACUACACCGUGCAAGACGUCGUCGGCGAGUGCCUCGCCCGCACGCAGGGUUUCGGCGUCGAUUACGUGCUGGAGGCCGGCGAUGCGGCGCUCGCCGCGCGGCACGCGGAGGCGCUGCGGUUUGGCGGUUCCCUCUGCGUCCUGCCCGGGCCGAUGCCGGGCGCCGACGCGGCGCUCUUCCAGCGGCAGUUGUCGGUGAGUUACGUCUGCCUCGCCGGGCUGCACGCCCACCCGCUCACGCGCGGCGCCCUGCGGGAGGUGGUGGAGAUGUGCCUCGAGCUCCACCGCCGCGGCGCCUUCCGGCUGCGGCUGGAGACGGUGCCGGUGGGGCGCGCCGACACCGCGCUCGACGUCGUGGCGGAGGGGCACACGCGGGGAAAAAUUGUGCUGACGGACUUCCACCCCGGCGAGGCGGCGCCCGGCGAGAACUCGCAGCCGGCACCGCAGUGA